CCUGCCUCUACCCAAACGUUAUCCUCAACUCCCUCUCUCUCUCUCUCUCUCUCUCUCUCUCUCUCUACUGUGCUUCACAACCGAUCUGAGAUCAGAUAGCAUUGCUGAAGGACGGAAGGAGGUCGAGAUCAGAUAGCAUUACAGUAUAGCAUGGCUGAGAUGUGUUCGAUCUAGGGCUUGAUCUGAUCAAUCUUCGGAAGAAGGUUGAGAUCUGGCGUUCCGAUCAGACCACUGCAAUGGUAUCCACAGGGAUAGAUUUGCAUGGCUGUGUGACAACGAGUUUUCACGCCAGGCGUUGGCAGGGGUUAACCCAGUAAACAUUGAACUCUUUGGUGAUAAUGCUUCAGCAGCUGUGCCGGUAGACAACUUGACAAAUUUUCCCCCUGUUAAUACUCCAGUGGCAGCACCUGUUGGGCAUGUAUCCAUGUCCCCCCCUUGGGGUUGGUGCUCCAGUAGCUGCAACAGCAAACAAAUCGACAACAUUUUCAUCGGGAUUGCCAUCAAACGGUGCAAAUUCUUUUGUCAAAGUUGCUGAUGGAGGGCAGUGGCCCAACAUGCUUCCUCAUCAACCUUCUUUAUUUCCUGCUACUGGUAGUCAGCCUACUGCUCAGCCAUUCACUCCACCAGUUAGUGGAUCUUCAAACAAUCAGCCAUGGAAUUUGUCUAUUGCCUCAAAUCCACAAGGUCCUUCGAGUAUACCAUCUGCACAAAUAUCGCAGGCUUUUUCAAAACCUGCCCCAGACGUCACUUCACAAUCCUCUUCAUGGAAGUUAAACCAAGUGGGAGAACAGAACUUCCAGAGAAUUUAUUCGCUGCAACUUAUCCAUCUUCUGUACCAGUUUCGGGCUGGCAAACUGGUCCACCCCAGGGAUAUGGAUUCAAUAUGCAAUAUAACAAUACUGCAAUGACAUGUGGUUCUACCUCCUGAAGUCCCCAAACUUCUUCCCAAGAAUCGCCUUCUCUCUGAAGUAAGUAAC